AUGGAUGAAUCAAUUUGGAAGAAUAUUUAUCGAAAUCGCAAUGAUCUCUACGAAUUUCGUUUACGAAAUGAUAAACUUGGUGAAAGUGAGGAUAGCUUACCUGGUUCUUCCGAUCCAGCUACAGUAUUCAGGGAAGGAAUUUUGGGUAAUUAUGAACCGAAAGUGCCUGAAACACCUUCUAAUAAUCCAGGCGAAAUGGGUGAACCCGUUCAUGUUGAUAUUAAUUUACCAGAAGUUUCUCGUGCUAUGAUGGAUUAUGGCUUUAACACUUAUGUUAGUGAUAUGAUAUCACUCAAUCGCACAAUUCCGGAUAUGAGGAUGAUUGAGUGCAAAUAUUGGCAUUAUCCAGAAGCGUUACCGACAGUUAGUGUUGUAAUCGCAUUCCACAAUGAAGGCUGGAGUCCAUUAUUAAGAACCGUACAUUCAGUUCUUCUUCGAUCACCCAGUCAUAUUCUCUUAGAAAUUAUUCUUGUCGAUGAUUUUAGUGAUAAAUCUCAUCUAAAGAAACGUUUGGAUGUCUACUUAAAACAGUUUAAAGACAAGGUUAGGUUGAUUCGUAACGCAAAACGUGAAGGAUUAAUUCGUACUCGCAGUAUAGGUGCUCAAUUUGCUGUUGGUGAUGUUGUUAUUUUCUUAGACGCGCAUUGCGAAGUAAAUGUCAAUUGGCUACCACCACUGUUAGCUCCAAUCAAAAAUAAUAGGAAAGUAAUGACUGUUCCUAUAAUUGAUGGAAUUGAUAUGCACACUUGGGCCUACAGGAGCGUGUAUGGUAAAGCAGAUUACCAUUUCAGAGGAAUAUUUGAAUGGGGCUUACUUUAUAAAGAAACAGAAAUAACAGAAGAAGAAAUAGCAAGACGCAAAUUCAAGAGUGAACCAUUCAGGUCGCCUACACAUGCCGGUGGUCUUUUCGCUAUCGAUCGUCUGUGGUUCAAGAAUCUUGGUUUUUAUGAUCCUGGUUUACUGAUAUGGGGUGGCGAACAAUAUGAACUUUCUUUCAAAAUAUGGCAGUGUGGUGGUGGAAUUCUUUUUGUUCCAUGUUCUCACGUUGGCCAUGUCUAUCGUUCUCAUAUGCCCUAUGGUUUUGGUGAACUUUCUGGAAAAUCCGUUAUAUCUAUCAAUAUGAUAAGAGUUAUCAAAACAUGGAUGGAUGAAUAUGAAAAAUAUUAUUACAUUCGCGAACCAUCUGUUGCUCAUCAAUCACCUGGAAAUAUUUCUUCUCAGCUUGCACUUAGGAAACAAUUGCAAUGCAAAUCUUUCAAAUGGUAUUUAGAGAAGGUUGCUUAUGAUGUUGUAAAAUCUUAUCCACUUUUGCCGGAAAAUCAUGUUUGGGGAGAAGCCAAAAACCCUUUGACUGGCAAAUGUAUUGACUUAAUGGGUCGAAGUAUACCUGCUAAAGUGGGGGUAUCUCCAUGCCAUGGAUUUGGUGGUCAACAACUUAUUCGACUAAAUGUGAAAGGUCAGUUAGCACAAGGUGAGUGGUGCAUAAUGCCUGAGGACGAAAGUUUAAUAGCUUCGCACUGUCGGAAAGGAACUGUUCAUGGUCCAUUUAAAUACGAUAAGGUUUGA